CCCAAUAUCAGGCCUCCUUGCCCCCAGCUUGAUCAUGUUCCACAUCCCACGCUCUAAGAGUUUAUAGCCAGCUAUCCCAUAAGUCCUAUCUGCUCACUUCACCUGAAAUCAAUGGCAUCUUGAGAUACAACAUCGACAUACCUCAUUACCCGUUCACCUACCAUUCCACCAGGUUUAGAAGCGGCUCGUUUUAGCUUGUCUGCACAACAUGGACCCCAGGAAUUACGGACGGGGUGAGGAAGCUCAGCCUCAGAUGACUUCACGACAGCACACCCGCUUCUCAUGGCAGCAGCCCUUGGACGACGAGGUUCCACCCUAUCAAGAGCGACAGCAGCAAGCUCCACAACAUCAGCCUCAGCAGCUUGCGACGCAGCAGUACCAAGCACAACAGCAGUAUCAGCAGUAUCAGCAACCGCCGCAACAGCAGCAGCAGCAGCAGCAAUAUCAGCAUCAACAUCAGCAUCAUCAGCCGCAACCGCUACCGCAACAACACCAGCAAGAGCCCCAGCAACGUGUCGACACAGAUGCGUCACGUCAUUUCUCUUACGCCCAGACACCGGCAGAGAUGCGCGCAUUCGUGUACACAUCCUCUCCAAGCGACCCUCCAAUGCCACAUUCUAUGCCCAUAUCUCUUCCGACGUCACCGGUGGGGUACACACCAAUCGACCCGCGCCCUCAGUCGAUGCUCGAUGCGCAAAUUCCGGUUGUUCCGCCCCAAUCUCGUGCGGCUGACAUGCAGCCCUCUCACGUGCAUCAAGUACGGCCUCCUGUGUCGCCUGUGUCGCCUCAGCAUUCUUCAUAUCCACAAACUCAACAAUACUCUCCUGUAUCGCCAAUACCACAUCCGCAACCUGUCCAUGAAGCCCCACAGGCAAAUACACAGCAGAGCAGACACGCACGGCAACUAAGCAACCUAUCGCCCAUCAACACAAACGUACGUGUGCACACUAUGCCUACCAUUCCACCUACCCCACCAUCAGGAACCCAUCAGACGUCACCGCUACCACAAAAAGCACCCAUAACCCCCAUUUCAGCCAACUCCAUGCACAAAGAGCAAUCACGGCAGGUUGCUACUUCGCCUACAAAUCAAGCAUCAUAUGCGCACGAGCCAUAUUCGCCUCAUGGCUUCGUAACAAGCCAAACCAACAAUAUGCAUGCCGUCUUCUCUCCGGAUGCUGCCCACGGCCCCAACGGCCUGGACUUUGCUGCACAUCAACCGGGUCAGAUUUCGCAUCCAAAUAUGGAGUCUGAAAGCUCUCACGAAUGGUCAAACGGCCUUUGCGCAUGCAGUCCAGAACCGGCGACAUGCUUUACCGGUCUUUUCUGCCCCUGCAUCGUCUACGGAAGAACCUCGUAUCGCCUCUCUCAAAAAUCUGCAAAGAACGAUCCGACAGAUAUGUUGGGUCACAGCACCACUAAUGGACACUGCAUCGUAAUGGGUCUGUCGUGCGGUUUAUGGUGGCUGUUUCCAAUGCUACAGCGGACUCGCAUCCGAAGAGCAUACAAGAUCAAGGGUAGUCUUGGCAGCGAUUUGCUAAGAGGAUGUUGCUGUUGCUGCUGCGUUGUUGUACAAAAUGAGAGGGAAGUAAAGGGUAGGGAAGAAGCGAGCCGGCGGUGGGCUGGACCAGCAAGCACUGAUGUUUAUACAAGGAGUGGCAGCAUGGUAUACAAACCACAGCAAUAAGUUUUUUAUCAGAGACAUUCAGGAGCCUUUUCUAUGUCGUUUUUCAAGCGCAUUCGCUCUCCUUACGAUACCCACGGUCAUUUCUAGUUGUAACAUAGUCUGUUGUAUCCUGAGAUCAACAAAAUUUCUACAUACACAUUACUAUAAUCAGGAGUACUUUUCCUGAUUUCUUGCACCUUCUUUCAGCGGCCUUCAUGGAUGAUUCAAUCUAGAAUGUUACUGUUGUUGCUGUAAUUGCGAUCUUCAGAUAUUGCUUCGGCCCAGCGUCCACCCCUCUGCAAUCAUCAAUGUCACGAAUGGAAGACUGACAGCCA